AUGAUCUGGGUGAUCCAAUUAAUAAUCGUGGCUGUGUUUGGUGCUCAAGUGUUUGGAUUCAACAUUAGCACCAAUGGCACCAAUUCUACUAUAAUCCAAGCAUCUAUCAAUUCUGACAACUUUCAGUAUAAAGGUGUAGCAUUAGGAGGAUGGCUUGUACUUGAGCCUUACAUCACACCGUCGCUAUUUCUUGCAUUCAAUGCCACUGCAAACACCACAGAAGCAGAUAUUCCCAUAGAUGAAUACCGAUACUGUGAAGUACUCGGAACCACCGAGGCCAAGAGCCGGCUUGAAGCUCAUUGGAACUCAUGGAUAACAGAACAAGACUUUGCCAACAUCUCCAGCGUUGGUUUAAACAUGGUGCGUAUUCCUGUAGGGUAUUGGUCCUUCCUCAAGUAUCCUGGUGAUCCCUAUGUGAAAGGCGCACAGAACUAUCUUGAUGAUGCUAUUGAUUGGGCCAAAAAGUACGACUUGAAAGUCUGGAUAGACUUACACGGAGUGCCGGGAUCCCAGAACGGGUUCGACAACUCGGGCUACAGAGAUAUAGGGUAUCCUGGGUGGCAGAACAAAACCAGCUACGUUGAACAUUCGUACGAGGUUCUCCAUAGCAUAUACAGCAAAUAUGGCACUGAGUCUUACAGGGACACAGUAAUAGGCAUCGAGGUGGUCAAUGAACCCUUAGGACCCUUGUUGAACAUGACGAUGGUGGAACAGUUUUAUACUACCACCUAUAAAGAUGCCAGAAACACUCAAACACUCAACAACACCAUCGUAUUCCAUGAUGCCUUCCAAGCACUUGGGUAUUGGGACGAUGUGCUUGUUAACAAGAAGAACAUGACGACUUCCAGAAGAUCCCAGUACUACAACAUUCUUGUAGACCACCAUCAUUACGAGGUCUUCACAGUCGACGGUCUCAACCAAUCCAUAGGACAACAUAUCACCAACAUUGUUAACUACGCAACAGACAUUGGGAAGGAGAGCAUACCGGCAGUAGUUGGAGAAUGGUCGGGUGCCUUAACUGACUGCACCCCCUGGCUCAAUGGGGUAGGAAUAGGCACUAGAUGGGAAGGCACAAGUCCGUACAAAAACAAGGCAUUAGGAAAGUGUGCAGGCGUUAACAACUGGAGCAAAUGGCUGCUGAAAGAUAAGAAAGAUCAUCGAAAAUGGAUUGAAAUUCAAUUGGAUCAGUAUGGAUCGAAAACCAAAGGUUGGAUCUUUUGGUGUUGGAAAACAGAAAGUACCAUUGAAUGGGAUUUCCAAAGAUUAGUCCAAUUGGAUCUUAUGCCCCAACCUUUGGAUAACUUCACUUAUAUUAAGAACGGAACAGAUACUGAUCCACACAAGUCUGGCAGCAUUAGCAGAGCUGCACAAUUGAAGUGGAAUUUGGUUAUAACAGCCGUUUUGUUAGUUGUCUCCUCUGUAUAG